AUGUCUUCCUCCAAUGAUGUUUCCUCCGCCGGCAUUACCACGGACGCUAAGACCGGCGAACGAUACAUCCCUUCCUCAGUCCGGCCCGAUGGCUCCAAGCGUCGCGAAAUUCGUGUCCGACCAGGCUACAAGCCCCCAGAGGACGUCGAGCUCUACCGCAACCGUGCCGCGGCUGCAUGGAAAAAUCGCAGCAGAGGUGGGGUUCCCGGAGCGGAAACUAUGAGCAGCGAAGACGACAAGAGCGCCGGCGCCACCACCACCGCCCAAUCCGCCAACACAGCGGCGAGUAACAAGAAUGCCAAGCGUCGCGAGGCCAGACGCAAGGCAAAAGAAACCGAGGGACCAGAGGCUAUAACAGAGAAGAAGGGCGUCGACUCGGAUAAUUGGCGUGUGCCGGCCGUGAAGAAAGAUGCGGAACCAGCAGCGCCACCUGUUGACGAAGAAGCCGAGAAGGAGAAGAAGGCCCGCAAUUUGAAGAAGAAGCUGCGUCAGGCUCGCGAUUUGCGCGACAAGAAGAACGAAGGCGAGGCUCUUCUACCGGAACAGCUGGACAAGCUCAUCAAGAUCCCGGAGCUGAUUCGACAAUUGGAUGCGCUGGGGUUCGAUUCCAACGGCGAGAAGAAGGACGGGGCCAACCCGGAGAAUGCCUGA